CUAUCCUUCCCCUUUGAAUGCUGCAUUUGGACGAUUCCUAGAUGCUGUAGCUCAGAAAUUGUACAAAACCAGCAUGCCAGCUAGUUUAGUGGAACAACUCUUGAGAUUGUGUUCACAGAAUGCGCUCUUUGCUCACAGUAAUAGUAAAUACCCUUAUCUGCUUUCUAUACGUUUGGUGCUUGUAGCUAGCUAUAAGCGUUGAACAACACUACAUUUUACUUGACAGCCAGCUAGUUGCGGCAAGUAGACCGACUGCGCCUUUCAUUUGUUUCUUGCUCUCGAGUUUGAUUUAGUCGAAGGGCUAUGACAUUCAUUAUCAGAUCAGCUCUCGUGAAAAACAGGAGUUUAUGGCUUCCAGGUCUCAGUGCUGUAAGGGCCAUAUCCUCUCCGGGGGGCCCCACUCCUCCUUUUACCACCCUGUCUGUCAGUCAACCUGCCACUGCUGUCACUCACAUAGAGCUGCACCGGCCAGAGAAACGCAAUGCCAUGAACAAAGCCUUCUGGAGAGAAAUGGUGGAGUGCUUUACACAGAUAGCUGAGGACCCAGAUUGCCGGGUGGUUGUCGUCUCCGGUGCAGGAGAAGUCUUCACAGCUGGCAUCGACUUGAUGGACAUGGCCAGUGAAGUCUUGCAGCCUGAAGUGGACGACAUGGCCAGGACUUCCUGGAACAUGCGACGCAUCAUCGCCAAGUACCAGGAAACCUUCAGCGUCAUUGAAAGGUGUCCAAAGCCAGUGGUUGUGGCAGUGCAGGGAGCUUGUGUUGGAGGAGGAGUGGAUCUGAUCACAGCCUGUGAUAUCCGUCUCUGCACUCAAGAUGCCUGGUUUCAGGUGAAGGAAGUAGAUAUUGGCCUAGCAGCUGACGUUGGAACUCUGCAGCGCCUACCUAAAGUCAUUGGGAGCCGGAGCCUGGUGAAUGAGUUGGCUCUGACAGCGAGGAAGAUGUACGCCGAUGAGGCCAAGGAAAGUGGAUUAGUCAGCCGUGUAUUUCCGGACAAGGAGGCGAUGUUGGCUGGCGCUCUUGAGAUGGCAGGGGAGAUAGCAGGCCGCAGCCCUGUGGCUGUCCAGGGAACCAAGGUCAACCUGAUCUACUCCAGAGACCACAGUGUGGCAGAGGGCCUGAACUACAUGGCAACGUGGAACAUGAGCAUGCUGCAGACGGACGAUGUCAUGAAGUCAGCUGCAGCCUCCAUGGAGAAGAAGAGUCCUAAAACAAUAACUUUCUCCAAGCUCUGAACCUGAGGAGCAGAAACAGGCUGAAGUGCAGCUUUUCUUAGGCGAGGGGGAAUGGAUGGAGGGGAUUAUCUACGGAACUAGUGGAUACAAUUUGUAUGUCUCUGCGUCCAGUAUUAAGGAAGUUUGAGGUAGUUUUGGGCGUUAGCGAUAGGUUACAUUAACGUUAGUGCUGGAAGUCUUUGCUGUACCCGAACACUUCCGGUGUUUGCGCUCUAGCAUGCUCGCUGUACCCGAAGACUUCCAGUCUUUGCACUAAGCUAGUUAACAAUUGGCUCGCAAAUCUACCUCGUAACUUCCUUCAUACUGGACGCAGAGACAUGCAAGUAGUAUCCACGAGUUCAUCUGAGUCGGUUGAUAAAUGCCAAAAUGACCAACUAUCCAUUUCAGCUAAUAUGAAAAGGACUUAUUUCGCCUCCUGACUCCAGCAGAUGCAUAUGUUUGUGUGUUGGUGCCUUGUUGUCUGUCAGAAUCACCCAAAGCAGAGCUGUCUGUAAACUAAAGAGUUAGGGGCCUCUCUCUUGCUAGCUCCGCAUGCAGGAUUCAGGUUGGGUACUCUAUCAACCAGCCUCACACUUUUGUAAAUCCAUAAAAAUUAUUGCAUCAUAAAA